UGAAGAUGCAUACUCAGAGAAGGCCAAGCAACAUGUUAGAAGAUGUUGUAAGACACUUCUGCCAAGUAUCUUUUAUUAUGCUAGAAUCCAAGCAAUAAUUGAGCAUUUUCGAAAAAUUGAGAACACUAACGAUGAAUGAUAAGCUUGCUGGGCAAUACUAUUUGGAUAGAGACGAGUAUUUGGUACAAAGGCAAGGUUGGUUACAAGAAGAAGCUUGGGUUAUUUUAGUUAAUGAGUGGUGUAGUGAAGAGUGGAUUGCCAAAUCUAAGAAAAAUCGUGACAAUCGUGUUAGCUCAAAGUUCAAGCCUCACAAAGGUGGUUCCAACUCCAUGACUACUAUAAGUCAAAAAAUGGUUAUCAACUAAACUUAAUUGUUUUUCCUAUUAUCAGUUUAUCAUAUGAACAAUCAUAUAUAUAAUUAUAUAUAUAUAUCUGAUAUGUAUUGAAUGUUGUGCAAUACAGCCUGAGGAAACCGGCGAAGAAGUUAACCAAAUUCAGGCUUGGGUGCAUACACAUAGAGGAAUUGAUGAGAGCAAACCUCUAAUUCUCAAUACACCAGAAGCUACUAAAUGUCUGGCACUUUACACAAAAAGGCUAAAGAGUUAAAUGGAGAGAACUAUGAUACUCUAGAAAUGUUGUUAGUUCGAAGGCACUUUAUGACUACUCUAAUGGGAAGCCACAUGGAAAAUGGCCUCUCUUUAAUGGCAUUGUCAAUGACACCGAGGUAAUUGCUGAGCUUAGAGCUACUGGUGCAUCUUCAGCGGCCUUGAAGCGUCGCCGAGCUGAAGAAAUUGAGGAUGUGCUUCAAAAGGAGUCAGAGAAGGCUCGAAAGGCAGAGGCUUAUGCCAACAAUGUCUUGUCAUGGGGUGUUGGCAUGUAUGAGCACUGCAAUGGGAUACAAAAGUUUCUUCAGGCUUUUGCAACUAACCAAGGAGUGCCUCUUGGUGAAAUACCACCACCGCCAGUUCCACCACCUGCUCACUCAUGGUCUCCUCCUGGAUCUCCACAACAAUCUACUAUCCAAAUUCAAGAAAAUAGCGAAGAACUGCCCCCUUUGUGUGUUCAGCAACAUGCAAAUCCUAGCUCUGAUCAUGAACUUGAUGUUGGCUCAAAUGUUCCUGUUGCAGCACAAGAUGAAGGGAUGUUGUUUGGGGGCUUUUUCAGUGAGUGUGGAACUGGUGCGCUAA